GGCGAGGACUUGCAGGCGGACUGCACGGCUGUGCCAACGAAGCUGAGACAAGCACAGCCUGCAAAGGUUUACGAUCGAACAUGUCAAAUGCGACGCCUGCAGCAGCUGCCCCAUCCGUGGAGAAAGCGGUCCCGCAGGAGGGUGCACAAUCUGGACCGCUGGCUGAUAAGGGUAAAAAGAAGGCCUCCAAUAGAUGGGGGGAGAAGGAGACGACAGUGCUUCUCCGGAAUGUGUACGAGGUGAAAACAGGUAUGGGGGAGAACUCCGAAGCCAUGGGAAUCGCUCCUUUGAAGAAGUACUGGACGAUGGAUCAGGCGACACGCAAAGAGAACGGCUUGGACUUCCUCAUGAGACGGGAGUGGUAUGAUAUUUUACAUGUGCACGAAGGGGACAAGGACACCAUCAACCCCGAUAGUUUGACUGAUCCAGGAGCUGAAGACCACAACAGGGCCAACUCAGAGGACAGUGAUGUGGACGAGGGUGACGAUCCUGCGGCAGACGACGAAGCGGGUGAUGCAGGAUCGGGUGGAGGGGAUGGAGAGGGAGGCACGGGUGGCGAGGGAGGCACGGAUGGAUCGGGUGGAGCGAGGGGGUCUUACGGGGGUGGAUCGGUCGGAGGGGGGGGUUCUCCCGUUCCUGAGGAGUCUGGUGCAGCCACAUCAGCAGCCGGUGGGUCAAGAACGUCAGCCACCGUCACUGAAACGUUGGGCAAACGGAGGAGGGUUCAGCAGAAUGCAUGUGAGAUGGCUAUGCGUGUCGUGACAGGGGCUAUGCGAGAUCAUACGCCCGCGCAGACGAGAUCCAACAUCACCCAUCACCAGAUAUUGCGCGAGCAGCUUACCAUACAAGAGAGAGCGGCGACGAUGGCAUGUGAAGUCAUGCGUAAGGACAUCGCAGCCCGUUCGGGGAAUGCAGAGAACUUGGGCGAAAGAUUGGAGAAGGGGUAUUUGGUUCUUGCCGAUGCCAUUCGCAGCUUGUCAAGGAGUAGGGCAAGAUCUCCUGAGGACGAUGCGGAUGGAUGAGGUCUUUACCUCACCACAUCAAAGCACUUAGUUCAUUGGCAUCCCGUCUACACCGCACCAUUGAACUGCAAAGGAAACACGAAGACUAAACCGACU